GGCAGGGGUUCAGAGCCGGGCUGCAGCUGUCUCUCUCCUGCUUCUCCCUCCAUUCCUGGUGGCUUCUGCUCCCUCGCAAGUGGCCGGCAGCGGAGUGUGAAGGAGACGGCCGGCCGGUGGGCUGCCAGGAGCGGGCAGGCUGCAGGGAUGGAUGGAUGGAUGUGAAGCGUGGGGGCGCAGCACCCUCUGCCGGCUGACCCCACACCUGAGCCAGGUCCUGGGGUCUGGGCUUCUGCAGAGGCGCCUCUGCCCCUUGGGCCUGCCGGCGUGGGGCUGGUCCCUGCCCGGCCUGGGGCAGCCCUGGCGUUCCCUGCUCGGCUGGGGCAAGGGUAUGUCCUGGGCCCUGGACGCCAGCCUGACACCGCUCUGCUGCACUGCCCCUCCGCAGUGCCCUUGCCAGACUACUGACCCUGGGUCUGACCUCCGUUGCCUAGAUGAGCCGGAGAUAGGUGGGUUGGACUGGAUGUGACCUCCUGAGGUCCCUUCCCACCCUCAGCUUCUGUGAUUACAAAGCCCUGAUGAUGCUAACGAAGGACCCUCGUUAGCCACUGCCCUGUCACACGUUGGAGCUGUGCAGCGCCUGACCAGCAGUGGGUAGCAGCCGUCCACGCCCUGCCCGGCUCAUGGCAGUGUCCAGCACCAGCCUACUACUGCUGCCGGCAGGAGCUGAUCACGCUCCUCCAGCAGGUCCCCUACAUCAGGGUUGGGGAACAGUCCAGGAGCCAAGCCCUGCUGCUGCCCCGGCUGGGAGGACCGGGUUGCACACUCAUAUGCGCAUGCACGCACGCACGCACGCAGGCCUUAUCCUGUUGACGCUCGGAGCCAGGCUCUGCUGGCUCUGCACACAGCGUUUCCUGGCAGCGGGGCCGUGGGCUGCACAGUUAAUGUUUAACCAGAGGCAGAUCCCGGCUGCGCUGGAUGCGCACGGUGCCCGACGUCGCCCGGACCAGCGCUGGGGAUGAGGAGCAGCCACGAGACCCCCGUGCCACGCAGCCCCUGAGCCGUGGCUGCACUGGGCCCCGGCUGGGGCAGGAAGCAGGAGCAGGACCCCCGGCGCCCCCGUGGCUGGGUUGGAGCAGCCGAGGACACAUGGCGAAUGCCGCUUUCCCUGGAGCCACGGCCGCCCGUGAGAAGAGAAGGCCAGUCCUGACUUCGGGCAGCUUGCUGAGCUCCGCGGGGCUGACGUGGGUCACACCAGCCUCCAUUGGGGUGUCUGGGGAGCCCUACCCCACCGGGAGCGACUCGCCCUGCUCCUCGGCACCCCCCCGGCCAGCCCAGCCUGCGGUGGGAGACGUUCCCCGUGGCUCGGGAAGACCCCCGUUGAAGCCCGUGCGGCGCUUCGUCCCGCGGUCCUGGAAGAGGUUUUUCCAGCGAUGGAGGAGGGUGCCCGAGCCACGUCCCCUGCUGGCCCGUGCCCGGCCACACUCCCCACCCGUAAGUCCCCUGCUCAUGCCUGCCUCUGACAGCAGCUCCCAGGAGCCCUCCUGGUCCAGCCCGAAGGCAGAGCCGGUGGGGGUGAUGCUUCCCUCCGGCAGCCCCCCAGCCUGGUGCAGCGAGGAGGCCAAGCUGGAGGCCUAUCGCCGCAAGUACGCCUACAUGAAGUCCUGGCCGGGGCUGCUGCGGCUGCUGGCGGGGCUGCAGCUGCUGUGCGGGGGCAUGGUCUUUGCGUGCGUUUGUGCCUACAUCCAGAAGGACUAUACCGGGGCCAGCCUAGUCGACAGUGGGCUCCUCGGGGCGGGCUAUGGGGAUGGCUACUACCAGCCGAUGACGCCCUUCGUGCUGACGGCGGCCGGCCUGGCGUGGCUGGGCACAGUCACCCUGCUCAGCCUGGGCCUGACCCGGUACUACCGCUCCAUCCUGCUGGACUCGCCUUGGUGGCCCCUGGCCGAGUUCGGCAUCAACCUGGCCCUGUUCCUGCUCUACCUGGCAGCCGCCACCGUCUAUGUCAACGACGUGACCCGCGGCGGCCUCUGCUACUCCCUCUUCUCCCGCGGCCCCCUCGUUGCUGCCCUGUGCCGCGUGGCGGGGGGGCAGGUGGCCGCCCUCGCCCUCCUCUUCAUCACGGCCCUGCUAUACCUGGCCAGCGCCCUGGUCUGCCUCAAGAUGUGGAGGCACGAGACGGCGCGUAGGCACCGGGAGCCUGCCGAGGCACCGCACAGCCCAGUCCUGCUACCAGCAAGACCCAAGCGCAUCGUCUUCCAGGAUGAGGUGGUGCCCGGGAGCCAGCGGGCGAAGGUCACCAAGUGCAUCAGCUUCUCCGAGAAGGGUGGCGAGCCGGCCACCAUGAGCUGCUCCAUCCCCACGGGGCACACGCCCAAGCCACACGUCCUCCCAGACUAUGUGGUGAAGUACCCGGCGAUCAGCAGCCCGGAGGAGAGGGAGAAGUACAAGGCCGUCUUCAACGACCAGUACGCGGAGUACCGGGAGCUGCACGGCGAGGUGCGCGCCGCGCUGCAGAAGUUUCAGGAGCUGGAUGCCAUGAUGGGCCGGCUGCCGCGGCGCGCGCUCAGCAGACAGGAACAGAGCCGGGUCUCCAAUGUCUGGAAGGAGUACAAGAAGAAGAGAAAUGAUCCUGCCUUCCUGGAGAAGAAGGAGCGCUGCGACUACCUGAAGAAGAAGCUCACCCACCUCAAGGCGCAGAUCCAGGACUAUGACUGCACGGCGAAAGAGGGCUCUGUGUACUUCUGAGCCGGCGGUGGCACGGAGCAGCCCUGCCCUGGCCCCGGGACUGCCUGCUCCCGCUGCCAGGCUGGCCUGGUGCGCACUGAGUGCUCAAGCGGAGAGAGGACAAGGGGAUGGGACCCGUGGCUUCACGGAUCCCACGCACGCUGCCGGCUUGUGCAGGCAGGUCCUGUCUCUGCCCUCGUGGCCAGCUGGGCUGGGCCUACCAGCAGGGAUGCCCCACGCUCUCCAGCGGGCACCCAAGUGGGUGCUGCAGCAGUCUCGGAGGGAGUCACCUGAAUGCACCGUGCUCCCUGCCUGCCUGGCUGCGCGCCCCUGGAGCCAGGCUGGAUGAGCACCCCGUGCCCCCAGCUGCGCUCUGGAGAAGUGUGCUGUUGCACUGUGCAAUAAAAGCUGACUGCAGCUGUGUGCCACAAGCAGGUGUUUAGUGGGUGGCAAAGCGGUGCCCGGGCAGGGGUGCAUGUACCCCCAGGCUGGGGCAGGGCAGGGGCCUCGGCCGGCGGCGAAGAAGGGCUACUCCCACCCUCCCCUGCCUUUGGCUCCCAGCACAGGGGAGAAAGCCUCGUGGGCCGGCGGCGCGGAGCCGGAGCCCUCCGUCCC